AUGCGUUCCAAUCAAUCUACCACAUCUCCUCGCAGAGCCCUUCAUGAACGCUCGCAUUCGCAUACCAAUUCCGCCUCUCCUCCCGCCUCCCUACACCAUGUGCGCUCCAAAAGUACCCAUAAUAGCGACGAGCACGAGAACGACUAUCCCCUCCACGACUAUUCCAGUUACCCGCACGAGGCUAUCUAUACUUCAUCCCCCUUUCCGACCAAGCCGGAACACGUGCUGCUUCCCAAUCCCGGCAAGGGGCAACAGCUAUUUCCGCCGCAGACUGCGACAACCCCUUCUCGCGUUUCGUCCAUUCUCUCCGGCGAACCCAGCACUGGUCUCGCGGAAAGCAGUACUUUGGAAGCCUCUGGUAGUGACUCCUGGGUGGAUUUUGUUCACAAUUCCCAGAGCUGGCUGCAUGACCAAUCUAGCCACUCUUCGUUCCCGACGCCCUCUCAGGGGAACGAGGAUGACGAUGACGACCAGACGUUCAAAUUCUACGACGAUGACAAGAAAACCGUCUCUUCCGGUGGUGACGAUGUGAGCCUCCCGCCUGCUCGCACUGUCAAGACCGUCGCCUCUCUGCCGUCCUCUCGUCACCCCAGCGACAGCUCCAGCCCCAACAUCGUCCCCAUCGGCCCGCCCUCCAUCGCGCCCUCGAGUCCCAAUUUUGUCACCUAUACCGAUACCUCCAGCGUCAACUUCAUGCGCCUCGGAACCUCGUCCAACUCGGAAUCCGUCACUCAUCGUUCCAAUUCCGUUUCCUCGUCCGCCAAUUCCUUGGGUACCGUCAUCCGGCACAUCGGGGCCACCCCCUGGAUCCAUGGUUCGCCCUCGGAACAAUCCAGCUGGGCCGCCCGUUCCUUUCACUCUACUCCUCCUUAUCAAUCCGUCCACGGUUCGGCCCAGUCCCAGACUUCCUCCCAUGAGCGCGAUCGCUCGCGCUCUGUCCGCAGCCACUCUCACUCCCAGGCCUCCUCGUCCCAGAGCGGGCCUGACUCUGAGAUUCAAGCCGUUGUUGACAGCGGUGCUCACGUGCAGUACCCGACUAUCCGUGCUCCUUCCUCAUCCAGCUCUUGGGUUGAAUCGUCGCACCAGGAGCCGCGCACCGCCUCCUACGAUUCCUCCACCCUCCACGAACCCAUCCCUGAACGAUCCGAAAGCCGCAUCACCUCCCAUCUAUCUACUGUACCUUCAAAUUGGUCCGCUGAAUGCGACAAUAGUUUCACGGGCGGCGCAAAUGAACCCUCGUCCGGGCGCUCAACAGCGGAUCCCGCUCGACCUUCCUCCGCAGUGGUCCGUCAGUCCCAACACGACACUUCUCUACGACUAGUCAAUGACUCGGAUGAGAACGUCGGCAAUGCAACCAAUCUCCAAAUUCGCAAUGCGGGCUCGGGCCAUGUCAGCACUCCCUCCGCCGACUCGCGACGAACCGGUAGCAUGCGGAGUCGUGCCACCACCUCCAGCUUCCUUACCAAUCUGCUUCCGAACUGGGCCAAGGUGUACUACCGGGAUGGUAAUGCGGUGAAUUCCGCUCUGUCGCUUGUCACCACCAGCCAAUCCUCUCAAGGACAUCGCGCUCACCCGUCGAACGCCAGCCGACCCAUGACGCGCCAUGGUAUUCGUGCAGUUGAGAGCACUCCGCGGUUAGCAUCAGAGGAUCCCCGGGAUCCGCGCAGCCAUUGGGUUGCCCCCCCACCGACAUCGCGACCGCCGACGGGGAUGUUCUAUCAAUUGCGACACAGCUGGUCACCUCAUUUGUAUGCGGACCGACAAAGGCUGGAAACCCAGGCUAGUAACUGGGUUGCACCGUCAUUGGACUCGCGGAUGGAACCGAUCCUUGGACGGAGGAACAUUCAAGUCUGGGCGUUUUGUUUUGGGUUCAUCUUCCCACUUGCCUGGAUUGUGGCUGCAUUCCUGCCAUUGCCCCCCAAACCCGACAUCGACCUCGAGUCGACCCCCGCAAGUGAAGUUACACUCCAGGCGAGAUUGUACGACCUUGAGCGCCGUCGACAUGACAAUGCUCGGUGGUGGAGGAACCUCAACCGUUGGAUGGUGCCCGUGGGCAUCAUCAUUAUUACUAUUAUUGUUGCACUGGCUGCUGUCGGAACCACCGUGGGUUUCUAA